AUGGCUGCACGCCAGGCCUUACAACUCGGAGAAAUCCUCCAGCUAAUCUUUGAUUAUUUUUCCCCCGAACAACACCCAUCCUCGCACGCAAAUCGCGUGAACUAUCAACAUACGUUGGCAACAUGCGCUCGUGUCAACAAGUCGUUCAACGAUGUUGCGGUAGACGUCCUCUGGAAGCACAUGCACGGUAUCACCCCUCUGCUCAGGGUUCUGCCUGCCUUUCAGUGGGCGGAAAUCACUGAUAGUGACGACGAUGCACCGCAGCUUGGCCUGUUUGGUAGACUUCACCCCAAAGAUUUGCGUCGUUUUCGAGAGUACGCUCAGAGGAUCACCGACCUCACCAUUAGCAACUAUGCUCUGCAAGUAGAUCCAUCCGCGCUAUUCUGCCUAUUAAGGGCGCUGGGAGGCCAAUCACUUCUUCCACGGCUGCGACGACUGCACUGGACCCAGUUCAAAGCAACAAAUUGCGACGUUCUCUACUUCGCCUCUCCUUCGCUCCGAACUUUGACCCUUUAUUAUGAAGGUUCCCAGGACACGCCCGAGGCGUCGGUGUCGAUCAAUUCAGUCCCAUGCGAAUUCCUCUUCGAAGCCGUGUGCGAGCAAAUGGCUGCUGUUGCGCCAUGUCUCGAAACAUUGACGAUCACAUCAAUCUGCACACCCUGCUACUUCCCUCCUUUCGCUAGAUGUCGUGGCCUGCGCGAAGUCUCCAUAAGUGGAGAGCUCUUGACCAGUCAAUGCGCAAACUUAUCCACACUUUCAUCUCUGGACAACCUCGCCAAGCUGGAAGUGCGCGGUGUCGUGCAGCUUCAUCGGGACGAAGUCCUUGGCUUCCAAGGCUUCCACGCUCUUCAAGAGCUUUCCAUCGAAGGCGAACCUGAGUCCCUUGGUCACAUUCUCAUGUGUCUCGCAUCCUCCGACGCCACUAUACGGAAACUGGACAUCGAGCUUAAUCCAACGCCCACUCCUCAAGAGACCUUCCAAUUGAUGAAUAUACUCAAGACGCAUUCCAGCGCAGCUCUGGAAGACGUCACGGUGAUGCCUCUGCCAAUGUGGUCGAACGGUGACGCAACGCAGCUUUUCGAGCCCAUCCGACCUCUGCUCGACAUCCGUAAUCUGCGCACCGUUCGGUGUAUGUUUGCCCGGUGGCCAUGCGACUUGUCCGACGACGACUUAUGCAUGAUGGCUGAUGCCUGGCCGAACCUCGUCUCACUGACGGUGCGAUGGCUCCAUGCAGAAGACAUGGCCAGGCCGCGGGUGCUGCCCUCUCUGGACUGUCUACCGCGGAUCGCAAGGUCGUGCUCGCGCCUGCAGAGUCUGACCAUGACCUGCGCAGCCAUGACAUUCACGGCGGGCGUCGAGGUCAUGUCACACUGUCUCAGCCACCUACGGAUCGAGAAAACCUCGUGGGCCCCCGAGAAAAUUCUCGCGAUGGACGUCGCGCUCUUCUUCGACCGUCUUUUCCCUUAUCUGGACCUGAAAACAUUGCGGGAGUCAAGAACGGGGCGAGAUUCCGCACAAUUAUGCAGAGCGUGGGCUCAAGUGUGCGAUCAUCUGCAGAGCUUCCGGACCGUCAGGGCACAGGAGAGAAAGCGGUUAGAGGGGAGCAGCCUUUGA